AUGGAUAAAUCCUACGAGUCCUAUGAAUAUAUGAAUACUGGUGACAAUGAAAAUAACCAAUUCUUUGUUGUACAAAAUGAUGGUACAUUUCUUAAUAUCAAUAGACAGAUACAAUAUGUGACACAGGUGCAAGAUGCUAAAGAACUUCUAGAAAAUGUGGAACCUUGCACAGUGUAUGAUGUUUCCUCUCAGCAGUUUUUUAUAGAUGUUGAUAACUCGGCUGAAUUAAUCUCUGUAUCUGACCAAUUUAUCUUGCCGGAGGGAGAGAAUAAUGUUUUUGCUAAUAAUUAUCUUUUACCAGUGCCAAAUUCAACUGAACAGCUAGAAGCACAGGAUACAGUGAAUAGUUAUCAAGGAUCAGAAGCACAAGCAGAAGCCGAAGUUGAAUCUCAAUCUCAAAGCCAAAUAGAUUGUUGCACUGAGAUAACAUUAAGUGAUGAACAGUACCACACAUUAGAACAAAAAGGUUGGAUCCUUUUAGAAACAAAUGAAAAAGUGUUUGUUCUUGAUACAUUGGGGCUUCAUGACAUAACUUCUAACAAUAGGUUAAUACAAAAAUUGAAACAGGAUGGUCAAAGAAGUAAUGAGAAUGCUGAAUUAGAAAAUAAUACCAGUUUAUCAAACCAACAGGAUACCAUACAGUUUGUUAUAGGCGAGGAUGGUAUAAAAUUGGCUGAAGAAAUAGUGCAAGAUCAUGGUACGCUUUUGGGCAACAUUUACCAGGCUAAAUCUUCUGAAACAACCAAUGAGACUAAGCAAGUACCACAUAAAGAAACUGUUGUGCCAAGUUCAUUGAAUGAGGGGCUAUCAAAUUCUACGACAGAUAAUAAUACAUUCAAAGUUAUGACUGAUAUUGUUUUUAAAGAAAUUCCAGAAAAAAUACUUUUGGGUAAAACUGAAGACGGUAAGAAAUUGUUUGCCAAAAUUACGAAAUUAGACGGAGGUAAAGCUAAAAGGGAUAUGGAAAAUCAACGGAAAAAUAAUUUGAAACACAUUCAAAAGGGAAAACAAAAAUCAAGUGCUAACAUUAAAAAUGUUCAAGAAAGUCAACUCCAUAACGCGGGCCUCAAUGAAUCCCAAUUUGAAACGCUCAUCCGUUUAGCGAUGCAGAACAGCGCCGAAGUGAAAUGCACAGCGGAGGACGUGGCAUCAGCCGACAGCAUUGUUACACAAUUGCUCAAAGUGCCCGCAUUUAAACCUUCAGUUCUGGACAGAAAUUUGAUCAUUACGAAAGAGGUAUCAGUCCAGGGAGAAAUAGGCGUGCUUCGGAACGGCGGUCUACCCACUCUGGUGACCGGACGGGUGACGUCAUUGGACGACGACCGUUCCUACUUCGUCCAUCUGCCUGGCAUGCUGCAACGGCUCAUGAGUUCGGCAGAAGAGAAUCCAUUUGCCUGGCAUGCUGCAACGGCUUAUGAGUUCGGCAGGUACGCUUAUAAUUCCUCAUUCAAGAAGAACAUUUAUUUGCCUAGCAUGCUGCAACGGCUCAUGAGUUCGGCAGAUGAUUACUUACCUCCACUCAAAAGAGGAGCAUCUCCAUCUGGGAGCAUAGGCCUGGAAGACACCAACGUUUUGCACGUCCACGUUACGGAGAUAAAACGAGCUGACAACGUUCUAAGAGUUUCGAUAACUUUGAACAAACGAAAGCUUCCAAAUACAAGUGUAACAACAGAUAAUAAGAGAGCAAGUUUGGUUUUCGGCUGCAGCGCUUGUGCCGCUGUGUUCCAGACGGAGAAUGAAUUAAAGGAGCAUCAAGAGACUCAAUGUGUUGACGUAGAUGACGUUCUUACGAUAGACGUAGACAAAAACGUUAAAGGUUACACAAUGGAAAAGAAAGGAAAAGAUAAAUGCUAUUCUUGCAAUCAGUGUCAAUUAAAAUUUACAAAGCUGUACAACUGUCUUAAACAUUUGAAAACACAUUUUAAUUCUGUGAGUGAAAUUAAUGACAAGAAUUCGUCGAAAUCUGAGAGUAAUGAAGAACAAAAAGAUGGUAUCUAUAAGUGCAUGAUGUGCUCAAGUACUUACUUCCAUCCAUCUACCCUUUCAAAACAUAUUGUCGCAAAACACAUUAAAGUAAGGCAAAAU